AUGGCAGCCACAAGGAGAUUUGCUCUUUUUCUCUGCAUGUUGCUGAUGACGUCCAGAGGCUGCAGUGAGGACACGGGACCCGGCACUGGGCGGGAGACGGGUCACGACCCCGGCACUGGAGACACGGGUCACGACCCCGGCACCGGACAGGAGACGGGCGACCAUCAGGGGACCGGCACAAACUCCAGCCAGGACAGUGGACACGAGGACGGGGGUCCCGGGGGGGGCCCCAUCACCACCUUACCCAUUGUGAGCUGGAAGUGGCACCACGUCUCCACCCCGUACCUGGUGGCCCUUUGGAUUCUGGUCAGCUGGCUCUGCAAGAUCAUCAUCGAGGCCAACCACCAUGUGACCAACGUGAUCCCAGAGAGUGCCUUGCUCAUCUGCUUCGGCUUCCUCCUGGGGGGCAUCAUCUGGGCCGCGGACCUGGUGCAGACCUUCAAGCUGACCCCCACGGUGUUCUUCUUCUACCUGCUGCCUCCAGUCAUCCUGGACGCGGGCUACUCCAUGCCCAACAAGCUCUUCUUCAGCAACAUGGGCGCCAUCUUGAUCUACGCCGUCAUCGGGACCUGUUGGAACGCCGCCAGCCUGGGGCUGUCGCUGUGGGGGUGUCACCAGGCCGGCGCCAUGGGUGACCUGGACAUCGGCCUGCUGCAGUACCUUCUCUUCGGCAGUCUGAUCGCAGCCGUGGACCCCGUGGCCGUCAUCGCCGUGUUCGAGCAAGUCCACGUCAACGAGGUCCUCUUCAUCAUGGUGUUCGGGGAGUCGCUGCUCAACGACGGCGUGACGGUGGUGCUCUUCAACGUCUUCGACGCGUACGUGUCCCUGGGAGGAUCUGGAAUCAACGCUGUGGAGAUCAUUAAAGGAAUCAUUUCCUUCUUCGUGGUGGCGUUCGGCGGUUCCCUCGUGGGCUUUGUGUUCGGCCUGCUGAUCUCUCUCGUGACCCGGGGCACGAAAAACAUCCAGAUCAUUGAACCGGCCUUCGUCUUCGUCCUUGGAUACCUCGCCUACCUCACCGCUGAGAUGCUCUCCCUGUCUGCCAUCCUAUCGAUCGUCUUCUGCGGCAUGUGCUGCCAGAAGUACAUCAACGCCAACAUGGACGAGAGGUCCGUCACCACGGUCCGGUACCUCAUGAAGGUCCUCGCCAACGGGUCGGAAACCAUCAUCUUCGUGUUCCUCGGGAUCUCGGCCAUCGACAAGGCGCUCUGGGUGUGGAACACGGACUUCAUCCUCCUCACGCUGCUCUUCAUCUCCGUGUACAGAAUUAUGGGUGUCUUCUUCCUCACCUGGAUCCUGAACAAGUACAGGCUGGUCCCCGUGGAGUUUAUAGAUCAGGUGAUCAUGAGCUACGGUGGCCUGCGAGGGGCCGUCGCAUACGGCCUGGCAGCCAUGCUGGACGGGAGCAAGAUAAAGGAGAAGAAUCUGAUGAUCUCCACUACUCUCAUCGUGGUGUACUUCACCGUCAUUCUGCAGGGAAUAACGAUGAAACCUCUGGUCAACUGGCUGAAGGUCAAAAGAGCUUCAGCGGCAGAGCGCACGCUCGUAGAGAAGUUGCAGAACAAGGUGUUUGAUCACAUGCUUGUUGCCAUCGAGGAUGUAUCUGGACAGAUAGGACACAACAACAUGAGGGACAAGUGGAACCACUUUGAGGAGAAGUGGAUGUCGAGGAUUCUGAUGAAGCCGUCGGCGAGGAAAAGCCGCGACUACGUCUUCAAGGUCUUCCAUCAGCUGAACCUCAAGGACGCCAUAAACUACGUGGCGGAGGGCGAACGCAGAGGCUCUCUCGAGUUCGUCCGCAAUGACACGGGGUUCGUCGACUUCAAGAAGAAGUUCGCCGACGACUUCCCGGAGGUCAUGCCCGACGUCACCGCCGACACGUCGGACGAUCACUCCACGAUUAGUGGGAGAGACCAUGUGCCAUCGGUGAGCCUGGAAAUGCACGAGCAGACCAUGAAGGGUGUGAGGGAGACGGAGGACAUUAACACUCACCACCUGCUGCAGCAGCACCUGUACAAGGGCAGGAAACAGCACCGGCACAGAUACAGCCGGAGCCACUUCGACAUCAACAAGGAUGGCGGCGAGGUGCAGGAGAUCUUCCAGAGGACCAUGAGGAAUCGUUUGGAGUCCUUUAAGUCUGCAAAGAUGGGCGUCACUCCGCCGAAGAAGAUCACCAAGCACACAAAGAAAGAGCUACAGCAAAAGAUGCCAAACGGAAAAUCAACAGACAAAAGUAAAAGCUACAAUUCCGGCGAUGAAGAUUUUGAGUUCUCAGAGCGGGACAACGCCUUUGGCUUGGAGGCAUCGGGCGGCUCCAACCCCUUCCCCAUGGUGGUCACCUACAGAGCAGGAGCCGGCAUUGAGAAUCCCGCCUUCACGCCGGACCUGGACCCCGUGGCGCCGGGCCCGCUCCCCCCGUGGCUGGCGGAGGUGGAGCUGGAGGCCGGCCCGGUGGCCCCUUCGCAGCGGGCCCAGCUGAGGCUGCCGUGGACGCCCAGCGACCUGCGCCGCCUGGCCCCCCUGCACAUCGGCGCCCGCUCCACCAACUCCUCCGCGCAGGCCGCCGCCCCCCCGGCGAACAACAACCGGCCGCGUCCGCCUAGACCUCCGCCGACACCUCCUCCUCGCCUUGAUCUGUAGCAGCACCCAGCACCCCUCCUCCGCCUCCAUUUAACCCGGCACCCUGACCUCAGACCUUUGCAGCGUCCGCUCUCAAAACAUUGAUGGGGAAUGUUUUUUCCAUCCCGUUGCUUAACCGUACUCCAAACAUUCACAGUCCCACAACCUUUGUGCCGCUCUCCUCUCUCCUGCCGCCCCGACGUCUCCCUCCACCGAGCAGAGGGACGCUGCAGAGGCCUCACGCAGCUAAUGGACCAGCGCGUGUUGAACAUUGUCACAUUCGGCCCUCAGGUUCACCGUCAACCCGUCAAACAUUGAGAGUCCGUCCCCGUGGAGUAUCUCAUCCCUCAAUGUGAUGCAAGAAUGUAGAUAUUUACAAAGAUAAACACUUUUAAUCUAGAGUCCAAUGAAAAUUAUUCCAGCUUUAUAAUCGCAAUGUUACAUUUGUGUGUGUGUGUGUUUUCUCUCAUUUAGUACUCAAGAUUAAAUAUUUUUUAAAUGUCUAAUUGUAUGAGAAAGACCUUAUAUUUAUUCACAAAUGAAGGUAUUGUGUGGAUGCAUAUGUUUUAUGAUCCUUCGGAAAAAAGAGAAUAUUUGACUGACUGCUUUUGAACUGUGUGCAUUUAAAUAUGGAUUAAGAAACAAACAAAGAAAAACAGUCUUUGUGGAGUGAAAUGUUAGUCAUUUCAUUAAUUUGUAGAUUGUAAUAAAAAUAAACCACAGCUACUUGAA